UUCAGAGUCAAAUUCCAACCUCCUUGGCCGACCUGUUCCACUUCUCCAUCACCGGAUGCGCUUGUUGGGAUCCCCUCAUAGCCGGUAAGCCUCUCACCUCUCCAGUCCCGGUCCAGUUUUGCCGUCCAAUAUCUCAGACAAACCUAGAUGCCGAUUUGACCGUUGCCCGCUAUGUCGCUUAAAUUCGAGCGGGACACCUACCGUGAGGCCGCGCCGAGCGCCGUCUCCUCGGCCAGCUCCGCGAUCAGGGGUGGGCCUAUUCCAGGCACGAGUGGGAAGCAUCCCAUCGCCGCAGCCAUCGGAACCGCUGUGACCGGUGGGAAGCAGAAUGCCGGCACCAAAGGUUACCUCGCUGCUUACAUCAAGGAAUUGGAGUCGAACCCGCUGCGCACCAAGAUGCUGACUGCCGGCACCUUGGCCGGGGCACAAGAGCUCAUCGCUUCCUGGCUGGCAAAGGACCGCAACAAGCACAACAAUUACUUCACAUCUCGUGUCCCCAAGAUGGCCGCAUAUGGCGCACUUGUCAGCGCGCCACUGGGCCACGUCCUGAUCUGGUUUCUGCAGAAGGUCUUCAAAAACCGCACCAGCCUGAAGUCCAAGAUCUUGCAGAUCCUCUUCAGCAACCUGAUCAUCGCCCCUAUUCAGAACACCGUCUACCUCGUGGCCAUGGCCCUGAUCGCCGGUGCCCGGAACCUGCACCAGGUGCGGGCCACGGUCCGGGUCGGUUUCUGGAAGGUUAUGCGGGUCAGCUGGGUCACGAGCCCGCUCUGCCUGGCCUUUGCGCAGAAGUUCCUGCCCGAAAGCACGUGGGUGCCCUUCUUCAACCUCGUGUCCUUCAUCAUUGGCACCUACAUCAACACCGUCACCAAGAAGAGGCGCCUCGCCGCCCUUCGCAAGAAGCACUUUGGCGAUGGCCGCUCCAGCGGUCCCUCUCUCUCCGGCCGCCCCGAUGACUACCCCCCUGUCGGGCCGAACCCGCCGUACUAAAACACGGGGCCAACGGGAGCCCGGUAGACGGGGGUAGGGCCGUGGAGUGUAGAGCCUUUGGUGUCUCGGUGGAGAAUCGAAGACUCUUGGUCGAGUACCUGGGUGGAGGGGGAAGAUAUGGUUUGCACUUAUUCUUGCUAUUUAAGGAGGGACGCAGGUUUCUUGGCUACAUGGCGAGUGAGAGGAGCCAUGUGGGUGAUGUAGUGAGAUCCGGCUCUUGCGGCUCUCGCGACGGUAGGAAGUGGGCGGUGUGUAUAAUGUAGGUCUCUUGUUACGUUAUUUUGAUGUCAAAUGCUUCUUGCGGCGAGGUGGACAGGUAGAUAGAAGAUUAUCUGGGUACCACUACUACUUACUGAACCUGACGGGAUUUUGAACAUGGGCUUGAGCUCAACAGAGCUCCGACAAGCCAACACGUCGUGGUAACUUAAGAGGUGAUGUAGCCACCUUAUGGGGUUGAAUUGGGUCAUAGAAAUGGAGUAUAUCUAACUGGAG